UCAACUCAACAUAAACUGAGGAGUGACGGAUAUAACCUUAAAGCUUGACGCUCACCGGUUAUUCUUAUAAUCAAUUUACAAAAAUAUUGAUUGAUAUUAUUUAAAAUAUAAAUAAUAAAUAAAAAAAUAUUGAUAUAAUGGAUAUUCGCCCGAAUAACACAAUUUAUAUUAAUAAUUUAAAUGAAAAAAUUAAAAAGGAGGAGUUAAAAAAAUCAUUAUACGCGAUAUUUUCACAAUUUGGACAUAUAUUAGAUAUUGUGGCGUUAAAAACUUUAAAAAUGCGCGGUCAAGCAUUUGUUAUAUUUAAAGAAAUUCAAAGUGCAACAAAUGCAUUAAGAUCUAUGCAAGGUUUUCCAUUUUAUGAUAAGCCUAUGAAAAUACAAUAUUCAAAAACAGAAAGUGAUAUAAUUGCCAAAAUGAAGGGUACGUAUUCAGAGAGACCAAAGAAACCGAAACGUGUGACAGUUCCUGCUGAGGAAGAAGCUAAGCGUGCUAAGAAAAAAGCUAAAGAUCAAGCAAAACAACAAGUUGGUUAUCAUUCUGGUGUACCAGCUCAUCCAGGAAUGAUGAACGCAGCAGUACCAGAACAACCACCUAAUCAAAUUCUUUUCUUAACUAAUUUACCAGAUGAAACAUCAGAAAUGAUGUUAUCUAUGUUAUUUAAUCAGUUUCCUGGAUUUAAAGAAGUACGACUUGUACCUAACAGGCAUGAUAUUGCUUUUGUUGAAUUUGAAAAUGAAGUACAAUCAGGUGCGGCUAAAGAUGCAUUGCAAGGUUUCAAAAUUACACCAUCACACGCCAUGAAAAUAUCGUUUGCUAAAAAAUAAAUGGCGUUUGUAUUGUUUUUUAUAAAACUAUCGAAAAAAAAUUAAUAAUAAAUUAAUUUAAAUAUAUUUAACAUUUUAAGUUUCCAUCUUCAUACAUCAUACAGGUCGAUAAAUGUAGGUAAACUUGCAUUCUUCAUCAAGUUUAUUGUACAUCAUUUAAAAUAAAUAAUUAUUAUAUUUCUA